AUGAAGGUAAAGGAAAAUAGAAUUCGAAAGGAACAAAAAUGUUUCAAUUUUGUAACAAGUUUAUCAAGAUUGAAAUGUCUAACCAGCGUAAAAUCUGAAACAUGUCAAAAACGAAGAUUCAAAGAACUUUAUUCGCAAUUGCAUUUUGUCGCUGUUCUUUUAUAUGACCGGAAUCUUUCGUCUUAUCAUGAUCCAUUCGUUUUAAGAAGAUGCCUUUUCGAUAAGCAAGAGGCAGUUUUUGUUCGCCCAAAUUACCCAAAUGAAGGAACAAUUUCGGAUACAGUUGGGAGUUUGAAACUCGGUGAAAAGCUAGGAUUUACAAUGAGUCGAUAUUUUUUGUGUGAUCGCGUGGGAGUAUUGCUUAAAGCAUGUCAUGCUAAAUAUGAAAUUAAUAGCAAAGUAAACAGUCAAGCGCAUUUCAAAAGUGAAGAGAAACCCGCAAACAUUAAACUUAUUUCUAUUUCACGUUCAAAUGGGAAAAUGUUGUUUCCAGAAAGCUUUAAAAUUGUGACAGUUGAAAGCUUGAGCGUGUGCGGAAGUUAUAAGUUAGAUAUAUGUCGCAGACAUAAGGUAUAG